UAGAGAGUAGUUGCUAGGCAACCGGAUCUGCGUUUGCUUCCGCUCUCUUCGUCUCCAUGGCUGAACGAGGUUUGAAUAAAAGGGCUCAGUCCGCCGGUUCACAGAAACAGAGACGUCCAUCCGCCAGCUCGACCAGUGAGAGGUCUAAGAGAGCUGAUGUAAGAUCCCAGGUCCAAUCUGCAUCUGUUCCCCCCAAAAAGCUGACGGGUGAGCAAAGAGGUUGUCACCUGCUUGCUCAGGAAGAAAAAUACAAACUCUUAAAUGCAGAGCUAGAGGUCAAAACAACAGAGCUAGUAAAGCAGGCAGAGCAGCUCAUGAGAGAACAGAGUAAAGUUCCGUCAAAGCCGUUAUCCACCCUCCUGAUUUCAGACAAUGAAGAUGAAGAGGAUUCAAGAAUAUCACGCAUCCUGCGUCCUGGAACAAAAGGAAAAAAGUCUGACUGUAAAAGAGUAAGCCUGUCUCGUGCAGAUGAGUCCGCAGAUGUUGAAGAUGGGGAUUUAUUUCUAGAAAAAUUGAUUCGUGGUAUGGAGGAGAAGAUGAAAGACACUGACAUUCAUGACAUUGUUGGGGACGACCAUGAUGUACUUAAUGCUGGAGACAAUGUUGGAUCAGCCGUUUCAGAAGCUCAGAUGCGGGUUCUCAAUGCAAAGCUACGGAUCAUGCACGAAGAACUGGAUCAACUCUCGCGUGAAUGUUACAGGAAGGAUAAUCAAAAUGCUGAACUCAGUGCAAAGAUUAAGGAGAUGGAGGUGGACCGAGCCAAAGGACAGAAGACCACAAGCGCUCAGCAAAAACAGAUUGAGAAGCACAGAGCUUUAGCAGAGGAGUCAACCAAAAAAUGUGAUGAUCUUCAACUGCAAGUGUCUGGAUUGAAAAAGGAAAUAGAAAAUCUGAAUAGGUCCAACAAACAAGCAGGAGCCGUGCACAGCGCCGCAGAGGUUCGUCUGAACAGAGCUCUGGAGGAGGUGGAGAGGUUAAAGACUCAGCUCAACCAGAUGAAACAGACUAAUAAGGACAACAUAAGCACGGACAAUCAGAGCAAAGAAAAUCUACUUGCUGAAAACAAAAUGCUGAAAAAGCAGAAAGCAGAACUCGUUGUUGGUUUCAAGAAGCAGCUCAAACUGAUUGACAUUCUCAAAAGGCAAAAGAUGCAUUUUGAGGCUGCCAAGCUGCUGUCGUUCACGGAAGACGAGUUCCUGAAAGCUCUGGACUGGGGGAAGUCGUAAACACUGACAGACUCAGCAUAUCAUUUUGUUCAAGGUGUCGAGAUCAAUAUUAUACAUUUCUAAAUAAAUUCCUGUGUGA